AUGUUACAGUAUGCGCAUGGUACAGACAACAGUAUUGCUGGUAGCACACCCCACUCCUUCGACGGAACGGAAAGUCCAAUACCCGCCGAAACUGACGAAGAUGUUGCUUUACCGCCAACUCCGACUGGAAGGUGCUCUCCGCGUCUUGAGGUGAUUUUUUUUCUGGAACGGUUUGAAGCUUACUUUAAAAGGAAAGCUGCGGGUGUUGAUUUAAAUUUGAUGAUAAAGAAGAGGCGAGAUUUUGAGAAUCCUUCAAUGUAUGAACAACUAAUAGAGAAGUUUCAUGUGGAUGAACUUGGUUCAAAUUUCAACCCCCGUGUUUUUGAUCCUCAUGGAUUUUCUGAGGACUGCUUUUACGAUUCGAUAGGUGAUCUAUAA